ACCAUAUAUGCUAGCCAUAUGCAGGCAUCCCAACUUUGCCAGUCCACUUCAAAAGACGUCAAGGGUUGUGUUGUCGGCGCGCGUAAAGUUAUCUUAAAACCUUCCUCCCAAUGAAACCAUAACCUGCUCCAGCGUUCAUCACGCAACCAACUAGCAACAACGAGAUGAUGUUAGUAGAUGAUCGUGUCUGGGCUCUGUUCAAGGGCCACUGGCAGCACACACUGACUUACUGGAGCGUGUUCUUCAGUUUCGGGCUGUGUAUCGCGUUCCUGGGGCCGACCAUCCUGGACCUGAGGUGUCAGACUCAGUCCACUCUGCAGGAGAUCACCUGGGUCUUCUUCGCCCAACAGUUCUUCCUCAUGCUGGGGAGCGCCCUGGGAGGACUCUUCAAGAAGACGCUCCGCUGCUCCCUCUCAGCUCUCUUCGUCUCCAGUCUUGUCAUCUCCGUGGUGUUUGCCAUCAUCCCACUUUGCCACCAUGUGCUGAUGCUGGCUGUUGCCAUGGCGAUAUCUGGCACGGCAAUGGGGGUGAUUGACACCAUCGCCAACCUGCAGCUGGUGAAGCUCUACCAGAAAGACUCAGCCAUUUUCCUACAGGUCCUGCAUUUCUUCAUAGGGCUGGGAGCGUUGGUCAGUCCCCUGGUAGCAGACCCAUUCCUGUCGGAGGGGAGUUGUGUUCUGGGGGGGAACUUGACAGCCAACUCCUCCACUGACCUCCAUCACCUCCGCAGCUCCCUGGCAGGUAAGGGGACAACCCCUCUGCACAACGUAUCCCACCACUACCACCUCCACACAGAGGGCAUCAUCACCACCAAUGUGUCCUACGCAUUCUGGAUCAUGGCUCUUAUCAAUCUGCCUGUACCAGUAGCAGUGUAUGUGUUGAUGUACCGUGAGAGGCUGUUUCCCUGCUCGAACCACAGCCCACGUCUACUGGACAAGGAGAAAAACUCACAGAAGAACCAACAGGACCACAAUAUCCAGGGUCACGGGGGUUUGUUUGGCUGCUGUAACUAUGCUGAUGUGAAGGAUCGCCCUGCCUCCUAUUUCCUCCUCUACAUUCUGGGUGGAGCCGUGCUCUUCAUCACUGACGGCAUAAUAGGUUCUUACACAGGAUUCAUUUACACCUACGCAGUGUCUCCUCCCCUCUCUCUGCCUCACAAGACGGCAGGCUGUCUGACCAGUGUGUUCUGGGCAUCCGUCACCGUGGGCAGACUGGUGUCUAUAUAUCUGUCAUACAGAUACACACAACAACGACUAAUCUCGGUCAGCCUGGUGGGGAUGAUGGCGGUGCAGUGUCUGCUGUUGAUCCUGUACUCCAGCCCUGUGUUCCUCUUCAUGGGGACAUGUGUGUUAGGCCUUUUCAUCAGCAGUGUGUUCCCCUGCAUGGUGGCCCUCACAGAAGACAUGGUCAACUAUAAAGGGUGUGCCACUACGGUCCUGGUGACCAGUGCUGGUACAGGAGAGAUGGUGCUGCAGCUUCUCACGGGACAGUUGAUCCACAGUAAAGGCAGUUAUAGUUUCAUGUUGGUUGGUAUGAUAUCAUCCUGCAUCGGAUUCACAGUAUUCCUGGGCCUACUCUAUAUCCAGCAUCAACACAGGAGCUCCCAAGCAGCCACUAGUAAGGAAAUCGCCAUGACAGAGAAGCCUUCAAGUGAGUAAUGGAGAGAGGCCGUGAGGAUGAAUCAAUGGAAAGAGAGGACUGUUUAAACAAAUGACAAAGUGAAGGAAAAACAGAAAUGACCCAAAUGUUUAAAAUGGCUGGAGGAAAGACAGUCCAAUGUUAGACAUCAGUCCCUCUGCUCCUUUCAUCCCACUCUCAACACCCAGACAAUCAAGUUAAUCCCCAAAGACUAUCCCAUCCUACCCAGUACUCCUCCAGAUCAAACAAACUGAGUCAGCUGGCCUUAUAUACAUCUUCCAAUGUAUCAUUCUUAACAGUAUGAGUGGAGACAGUAUUAUGUUUUAUGCACUACCUGUCUGACCAUGACUGUAGCAUUCAUAAACCAGGAGUUGGAAGAAUAGAUGUUAACUUGGCUUGUUCAUGUAUCUUUUUAAAUGCUCUGACCCAUGAUACAGUGUAAAGCCAUGAACAGGUGGAGACCAAAGCUUCCUCCAUUGGCAUGCUGUUUAUUUAAACUCAACGGCAGCUGGUAUCCUGCUGGAUCCACUCUGGAGUGGUCACAUGAGGACAGAUGGUGUUGCUAUGUGAGCAAGGUGUGGUGGUUGGUUACCUCGUAAAACUCACUGGAUUAGGAAAACAAGUCUUGUGGGGACAUAGCCUCGAAGACUAGAUUUGGAAAUAAGGAACAAACAGGGAGACUAGAGCAAGUUUUUUUUUAAUAGUCUUCUGUUAAACGUUUCCUAUUUCACCUCAAACAUGCCACUCCAAGACAAGUAGCUUGUAAACAUUUGAAAAGCAUUGAACAAAUACAUUUACAGAAGUGAACAAAAGAAAAGAACGGUAGAAGCAAACAGUUUGUCAUUUCAACUGCAAAAGUACUGGUUUUAUAAUUGAAUUGUGAUUCAAAUAAAAACAAUUGUUAAAAUGUAAAA